AUGUGGUAUGAUAUUAGUCGAUAUGAUACAAAUAUACCAAAUAAAAAACGUGUUACAGUGUCUCGGUUUCGAGCUUCAUCAGAUACGAAUCCGUCUCGAACAUCAAUCCAUCGACCAUCACCUACUAAUUAUGGAAUAAAGGAUUCGAACUCAACUCUCGAUUAUUUCUAUAAUGAUAAUGAAACAAAAAUCAUCGGGGAGCACAUUCUGUUUAUUUAUUUUGAUCUUCAAUCUUCAUUAAAUCAUGAUUUUAUUGGUCCACUUCGAGCAAUCAAUGAUUAUAUUCAAAUAUAUAUAGAUUCUGUAACUUGUUUAGAUUUUUUAAAAUCUUCAAAUGAAAUAAUAUUUUUUAUUUCUUCAACGAAUGAUAAACAAUUGAUUAAAGAAGUUCAUGAUUGUGAUGCCGUCGAAGCCAUAUUUAUAUUAAAUUCAAAUUUGAAACUAGACAAAAAUAGAUUUCCAAAGUCAUUUGGUGUUUACGUACAUCCAGAAGAGCUUCUUAAAUCUAUACGAUUCGCACAUGAAUGGUUUGAACAAACACAAAUGAAUUUCUUUUCAUUUGAACAUGAGAAAAUAUUUCUCUGGUCUCAAUUAUGGAAAGAAGAAUUUAUAAAAUCAACAAGUUCAAAUGUCUCAUCUGAUAAAGAAAAACUUGUUAAAACGGCUGAAAAAUAUUAUAGAGGAAAUACAAAAUUAUUAGAUUCUCUCGAUGAUUUUGAUUGUUCUUAUGAUAGGAAUGAUGCAUUACAAUGGUGUUUUUCUUCUCCAUUUCCAUCACGUUUUCUUCAUCAUGCACUUAGUACUCGUAAUACAAAGUCUAUCGAUCUUUGCCGUUUUCUUAUCAUUGAUGUAUCUCAUGUUUUAAAACCAUCGAAUGAUCCUAAAUCGAAUAAUCAAAUUUUUAGAGGUUUAAAAAUGACAAAUGAACUUCUUGAAAAAUUAACAACUCAUACUGGAAAACUUAUAUGUCCAAAAGGGUUUUUUUCUUGUACUACAUCUAGAGUAGCAGCUUUGGAACUUGCUCGAUCACCAGAUUAUCGUCCGGAUCUUAAACCUGUUUUAUUUAAAGUUUAUUGUGAUUCAUCAGUUCCCAUUGGUGAAUUGUCUGCGAAAGAUAUGUCGACAUUGAUUGUAUUCGAUGUUUAUACUGCAUUUCGAGUGAAAUGGGUUAGUCGUGGUCCAGUAUCAAUUGUAGAUUUAGAACCUGCAGAUGAAGACGGACGAAAUCUAGCACGAGAAUACAGGAAAAAAUUUAAGUCAUCAAAAAUACAAAGUUUACUUGAUCAACUUUUAGUUUUUCUAAAGCCUCCUCCACGAUUGCCACCCAUUAAACGAGUACCAACACCACCAAAAAAUCAAGUGUCUCAAAUAUUGCCAAAGAAAGUUAGUCCACGGGUACCUGACAGAGAUGAGAUACAAGCUGAAAAGAUGGCACAACGUGGUCACAUUGAUCAAGCCAUAGCUAUGUAUAAAAAUACGAACAACCCUUCGCCUCGUGUUCUGAAUAAUAUUGGUCAAUUAUAUGCUGAUAAAAAGGGAGAUUAUCAAGCAGCAACAAGGUUUUAUAACCAAGCACUGAGAAUUCAAGAAGAGAAAGGAGAAGAUGUUACCGAAACAUUAACUCAAAUUGCAAUUACUCAUCAUAAUCGUCAGGAUUAUGGCAAAGCUUUAUACUAUCAUUCUCAGGCAUUGAAAUUACGAAAAAAUACUAAUCAAAUUGAUCAAAUAGCAAUUGCUAACAAUCUUAUUGGAAUCGCUAAUGCGAAUUGGGGACAAGAAAAUUUACCAGAAGCAUUGAUUCAUGCACAAGAAGCGUUAAAAUUGAAUGAAUCUGUUAAAUAUGGAAAUGAUUUGAAUUUAGCUUUGAAUUUAGCCGUAUUGGCUAAUAUAUAUCAUAAAGCUGGCUAUGAUGUUAAAGCCCUUGAAUUUGCUCGACGAGCAAUGUCAAUUCUCGAACGUUAUGAUAAACCAGAUUCACUUGCUUUAGCAUCAGUACUCAAUAAUUUAGCAGCAAUUCAAGUAGCAUUAGGAUCAAUCUCGGAUGCUCAAAUUAAUCUUAAUAGAGCAUUGACAAUUUGUAGAAAAUUUCUUCCAGAAGGACACCCAAAACGUGUUAUAAUGGAAACAAAUAUUAAGCGCAUGAAAGAAAUAAUAAAAUACAUUAAAACUGUUGAUAAUAAGAAUACUAAAAAAUCUUAA